AUGAAUAUGGUGAAGCGGAUCAUGGGCCGCCCGCGGCAGGAGGAGUGCAGCCCCCAGGACAACGCGCUGGGCCUGAUGCAUCUGCGGCGCCUCUUCACGGAGCUCUGCCACCCUCCGCGGCACAUGACCCAGAAGGAGCAAGAGGAAAAGCUUUACAUGAUGCUGCCGGUGUUCAACAGAGUGUUUGGAAAUGCCCCUCCAAGUACAAUGACAGAAAAAUUCUCUGACCUCCUGCAGUUUACGACCCAAGUGUCACGGUUGAUGGUGACGGAAAUUCGUCGCAGAGCAUCCAAUAAGUCCACAGAGGCUGCAAGUCGUGCCAUAGUCCAGUUUCUGGAGGUCAAUCAAAGUGAAGAAGCGAGUAGAGGUUGGAUGCUGCUCACCACAAUUAAUUUACUAGCUUCAUCAGGACAGAAAACCGUGGACUGCAUGACUACAAUGUCAGUGCCUUCCACACUUGUAAAAUGUCUAUAUCUGUUUUUUGACCUUCCACAUGUGCCUGAGGUAGUUGGGGGAGCACAGAACGAGCUACCUCUCGCAGAGCGCCGAGCGCUACUCCAGAAAGUCUUUGUACAGAUCUUAGUGAAAUUGUGCAGUUUUGUGUCUCCGGCGGAAGAACUGGCUCAGAAGGAUGAUCUCCAGCUUCUGUUCAGUGCAAUAACCUCCUGGUGCCCUCCCUAUAACCUGCCUUGGAGGAAGAGUGCGGGGGAAGUACUAAUGACCAUAUCGCGUCACGGCCUUAGUGUCAACGUAGUCAAAUACAUUCAUGAAAAAGAAUGUUUGUCCACGUGCGUUCAGAACAUGCAGCAGUCCGAUGACCUUUCUCCCCUAGAAAUAGUGGAAAUGUUUGCUGGGCUUUCCUGUUUCCUCAAAGACUCCAGCGAUGUGUCGCAAACGCUCCUGGAUGAUUUUAGAAUAUGGCAAGGAUACAACUUCCUCUGUGACCUCUUGCUCAGGUUAGAACAGGCAAAAGAGGCUGAAUCUAAGGAUGCUCUGAAGGAUUUGGUGAAUCUGAUAACUUCCUUGACCACAUAUGGCGUCAAUGAGUUGAAACCAGCUGGCGUUACCACGGGGGUCCCUUUCCUGCUCCCUGGCUUUGCAGUCCCCCAGCCUACAGGCAAAGGUCACAGUGUGAGGAAUAUUCAAGCGUUCUCUGUCCUCCAGAAUGCAUUUUUGAAAGCAAAAACUAACUAUCUAGCACAAAUCAUCCUCGAUGCCAUCACGAAUAUUUAUAUGGCGGACAAUGCCAACUACUUCAUUUUGGAAUCGCAGCACACCUUGUCUCAGUUUGCAGAGAAAAUCUCUAAACUUCCAGAAGUGCAGACCAAAUACUUUGAGAUGCUGGAAUUCGUGGUCUUCAGCUUAAAUUACAUACCCUGUAAAGAACUGAUCAGCGUGAGCAUCCUUCUGAAAUCCAGUACCUCUUACCAGUGUAGCAUCAUUGCAGUGAAGACGCUGCUGAAGUUCACCCGUCACGACUACAUCUUCAAGGAUGUCUUCAGGGAGGUGGGGCUUUUGGAGGUGAUGGUAAAUCUUCUCCACAAAUACGCCGCCCUUCUGAAAGAUCCCACGCAGGCUCUGAACGACCAAGGGGAUUCAAGAAACAGUUCGUUUGAGGACCAAAAGCAGCUGGCUUUAUUGGUUAUGGAGACGUUGACAGUACUACUGCAAGGAUCAAACACGAAUGCAGGGAUUUUCAGGGAGUUUGGCGGCGCGAGGUGCGUGCACAACAUAGUGAAGUACCCGCAGUGCCGCCAGCACGCGCUGAUGAUCAUCCAGCAGCUGGUGUUGUCGCCCAGCGGGGAGGACGACAUGGGCACUUUGCUGGGCCUCAUGCACUCGGCUCCACUUGUGGAACUGCAGCUCAAGGCAGACAUCCUUAGGGCCCUACUGGCAGUGUUGAGAGAAAGCCACCGCACCAGAACGGUUUUCAGGAAAGUCGGCGGCUUUGUGUAUGUCACAUCUUUGCUCGUCGCCAUGGAGAGAUCCUUGUGCUCGCCCCCGAAGAACGGCUGGGAGAAAGUGAACCAGAAUCAAGUGUUCGAGCUGCUUCACACGGUGUUCUGCACGCUGACGGCGGCCAUGCGCUACGAGCCGGCCAACUCGCACUUCUUCAAAACAGAGAUCCAGUAUGAGAAGCUGGCAGAUGCCGUUCGYUUGCUUGGCUGCUUCUCCGACUCUCGGAAGAUAAGUCCCUUGAAUGUCUUCCCUUCAAACACGCAGCUGUUUCAAAGACUGUUGGAGGAUGACCUAAUAUCCCUGGAUUCGGUGUCACCCACGCUGCGACACUGCAGCAAACUUUUCAUUUACCUCUACAAAGUAGCAACAGAUUCCUUUGACAGUCGUGCAGAGCAGAUUCCUCCUUGCCUGACAAAUGAGACUUCUCUCCCCUCUCCUUGGGGAACGCCAGCUUUGUCCAGGAAAAGGCAUGCGUAUCACUCUGUCUCAACACCUCCUGUUUACCCUCAGAAAAACAUUGCUGACGUGAAACUCCAGACAGGAGCUGCAUCCCUGCACAGCUCUGAGGCGGUUAUUAUCCACCCUGGUGCUAUGCUUGCGAUGCUCGAUCUUCUCGCCUCCGUUGGAUCAACCACCCAGCCAGAACACGCGCUGGAUCUCCAGCUGGCGGUGGCCAACGUCCUGCAGAGCCUGGUGCAYGCGGAGCGGAACCAGCAGGUGAUGUGCGAGGCCGGGCUGCACGCGCGGCUCCUGCAGCGCUGCAGCGCCGCGCUCGCCGACGAGGACCACUCGCUGCACCCGCCGCUGCAGCGCAUGUUCGAGCGGCUGGCGUCGCAGGCCCUGCAGCCCAUGGUGCUCAGGGAAUUUUUACGCCUGGGAAAUCCCUUGAAUUGCGGAGCUUGGGACAAGAAGCUAUUGAAGCAGUAUCGGGUGCACAAGCCCAGCUCGCUGAGCUUUGAACCAGAAAUGCGAAACAGCAUGGUGACCUCCAUGGAGGGCCUCGGUUCUGACAACGUGUUCAGCUUGCACGAAGACAACCACUACCGGAUAAGCAAGAGCCUGCUGAAGCCGGCAGAAGGGAGCACCGUGCCCCUGACGAGAGUGAAGUGCCUGGUCUCCAUGACUACCCCCCAUGAUAUCAGGCUUCACGGAUCAUCGGUCACUCCUGCCUUCAUCGAAUUUGACACCUCUCUCGAAGGGUUCGGCUGUCUGUUCUUGCCAAGUCUGGCUCCCCACAACGCACCUACAAAUAAUGCAGUCACAACAGGGCUUGUGGAUGGCGCAGUUGUCAGCGGAAUCGGGACCGGUGAAAGAUUUUUCCCGCCACCGUCUGGCCUGAGCUACUCCACUUGGUUCUGCAUCGAGCACUUCAGUGCAGCCCCCAGCAGCCACCCGGUGCGGCUGCUCACGGUCGUGCGCCGCGCCAACUCCUCGGAGCAGCAUUACGUCUGCCUGGCCAUCGUCCUCUCGGCCAAAGACCGCUCCCUGAUUGUGUCCACUAAGGAGGAAUUGCUGCAAAACUACGUUGAUGACUUCAGCGAAGAAUCAUCAUUUUACGAAAUUCUUCCGUGCUGUGCCCGGUUUCGCUGCGGUGACCUUAUAGUGGAAGGCCAGUGGCAUCACCUAGUUCUGGUGAUGAGUAAAGGCAUGCUGAAGAACAGCACGGCUGCACUCUACCUUGAUGGGCAGCUCGUUAACACUGUCAAGCUUCACUACAUCCACAGCAGCCCCAGUGGCUCUGGGUCUGCCAACCCCCCCGUGGUGAGCACGGUUUAUUCCUUCAUCGGCACGCCGCCGGCGCAGCGCCAGCUCUCUGCCUUGGUCUGGCGCUUGGGACCUACACACUUCUUGGAGGAGGUUUUACCCGCUGCAAGCGUUAGCACCAUUUAUGACCUGGGACCAAAUUACGUCGGGAGCUUUCAAGCAGUGAACUUGCCAUGCAAGGAUUCGAAGUCGGAAGGAAUCAACCCCUCUCCAAUAUCUCUGGUGCCAGAAGAGAAGGUCUCUUUUGGUCUCUACGCGCUCUCCGUUUCUUCAUUCACAGUGGCAAAAAUAAGAAAAGUUUACAACAAGCUGGAUAGUAAAGCCAUUGCAAAACAGCUGGCAGUUUCUUCUCAUGAAAAUGCCACACCUGUGAAGUUACUCCAUAACUCAGCAGGACACCUGAAUGGACCAGCUCGUACUAUUGGUGCAGCUUUGAUAGGAUACCUGGGAGUAAGAACAUUUGUCCCCAAGCCUGUUGCCACUACACUGCAGUACAUAGGUGGAGCUGCUGCUAUUUUGGGGCUUGUAGCCAUGGCAUCAGAUGUAGAAGGACUGUAUGCAGCUGUGAAGGCCUUGGUCUGUGUGGUAAAGAGCAAUCCACUGGCCAGCAAAGAAAUGGAAAGAAUCAGAGGUUAUCAGUUACUGGCGAUGCUGUUAAAGAAGAAACGUUCCCUUCUGAACAGUCACAUCCUUCAUCUGACCUUUUCCUUGGUGGGAACCGUCGACAGCGGGCACGAGACCUCCAUUAUCCCAAAUUCCACUGCCUUCCAGGACCUGCUCUGUGAUUUUGAAGUCUGGCUUCAUGCCCCCUACGAGCUUCAUCUGUCACUGUUUGAGCACUUCAUCGAACUUCUCACGGAGUCGAGUGAAGCAGCAAAGAAUGCCAAAUUAAUGAGGGAAUUCCAGCUCAUCCCAAGACUGCUCUUGACUCUCCGAGAUAUGUCUCUGUCCCAGCCCACUAUUGCUGCAAUCAGUAACGUGCUGAGCUUUCUGCUUCAAGGCUUCCCCAGCAGCUAUGACUUACUCAGGUUUGGACAGUUCAUCUCUUCCACUUUACCUACAUUUGCAGUCUGCGAGAAGUUUGUAGUCAUGGAAAUAAAAAAUGAAGAGAAACUUGACAGUGGAACAGAGGAUGAUUUUGGAGGACUUGUUUCUGCUAAUCUUAUUCUACUGCGGAACAGGCUAUUGGAUAUCCUUCUGAAACUUCUGUAUACAUCUAAAGAAAAGACAACUGUUAAUUUGCAGGCAUGUGAAGAACUAGUGAAGACACUGGGUUUUGACUGGGUCAUGAUGUUUAUGGAAGAACAUCUCCAUUCCACCACCGUCACGGCGGCCAUGAGGAUUCUUGUGGUCCUGCUGAGUAACCAGCCCAUCCUGAUGAAAUUUAAGGAAGGCCUCAGUGGCGGAGGCUGGCUUGAGCAGACGGACUCUGUCUUGACCAAUAAGAUUGGCACUGUGCUAGGGUUCAAUGUYGGCAGGAGCGCCGGUGGCAGAUCCACGGUCCGGGAGAUUAACCGGGACGCUUGCCAUUUCCCCGGCUUCCCCGUCCUGCAGUCCCUUCUCCCCAAGCACACUAAUGUGCCUGCCCUCUAUUUCCUCCUCAUGGCCCUUUUCCUGCAGCAGCCGGUCACUGAGCUGCCCGAAAACCUGCAGGUCAGUGCGCCUGUCAUCAGCASCCGAUGUAAUCAGGGUGGCCAGUUUGAUUUAGACUCUGUUUGGACAUACAUAUUCGGAGUUCCUGCCUCCUGUGGCACUGUUACCUCUUCAGUACACAAUGUUUGCACAGAAGCUGCCUUCUUGUUGUUGGGAAUGCUGAGGAGCAUGCUGAAUUCUCCCUGGCAGUCGGAGGAAGAAGGCUCCUGGCUUCGCGAGUACCCGGUCACCUUGAUGCAGUUCUUCCGGUAUCUGUAUCACAACGUGCCGGACCUCGUUUCCUUGUGGAUGAGCCCGGAGUUCCUGUGUGCCCUGGCAGCAACUGUGUUUCCUUUCAACAUCCGACCUUACUCAGAGAUGGUCACUGAUCUUGAUGAUGAAGUUGGGUCCCCAGCAGAAGAGUUCAAAGCCUUUGCAGCUGACUCUGGCAUGAACAGGAGCCAGUCAGAAUACUGCAAUGUGGGCACCAAGACCUACCUAACCAACCAUCCUGCCAAGAAGUUUGUCUUCGACUUCAUGCGUGUGCUGAUAAUUGAUAAUUUAUGCCUGACCCCAGCCAGCAAGCAGACUCCGCUAGUAGAUCUUCUGUUAGAGGCUUCCCCUGAAAGAUCAACGCGAACACAGCAGAAGGAGUUUCAGACUUACGUAUUGGAUAGUGUGAUGGACCACUUACUUGCAGCCGAUGUUUUAUUGGGUGAAGAUGCAUCUCUGCCUAUAACAAGUGGAGGAAGCUAUCAAGUGCUGGUGAACAAUGUGUUUUAUUUCACACAGCGYGUGGUAGAUAAGCUUUGGCAGGGCAUGUUCAACAAAGAAUCCAAACUUCUUGUGGACUUCAUAAUCCAGCUCAUYGCACAGUCAAAAAGAAGAUCUCAGGGAUUAUCGCUGGAUGCCAUUUACCACUGCCUGAAUAGGACCAUCUUGUAUCAGUUCUCAAGGGCACACAAAACUGUGCCUCAGCAAGUUGCUCUCCUCGAUUCCCUAAGAGUCCUCACUAUGAACAGAAACUUGAUUUUGGGGCCCGGGAAUCAUGAUCAAGAGUUCAUCAGCUGCCUAGCUCACUGCUUGAUUAAUCUGCAYGUGGGAAGCAAUGUAGAUGGCUUUGGAUUGGAGGCAGAAGCCAGGAUGACAACGUGGCACAUAAUGAUCCCCUCUGAUAUCGAGCCAGAUGGAGUUUACAAUCAAGACAUCAGUGAAGGUCGCCAGCUUCUUUUAAAAGCCAUAAACAGAGUGUGGACAGAACUGAUUCAUAGUAAGAAACAGGUUUUAGAAGAGGUUUUCAAAGUGACUCUACCUGUCAACGAUCGUGGCCAAGUGGAUAUAACUGUCGCGAGACCUUUCAUUGAGGAAGCAAGUUUAAAGUGUUGGCAAAAUCAUUUGGCCCAUGAGAAGAAAUGCAUCAGUAGAGGAGAGGCUUUGGUUCCUACCACCCAGUCGAAGCUCUCACGAGUUAGCAGCGGGUUUGGCCUCUCCAAACUAACCGGUUCCAGGAGAAACCGAAAGGAGAGUGGGCUCAACAAACACAAUCUCUCUACACAGGAAAUCUCCCAGUGGAUGUUUACUCACAUUGCAGUGGUUCGGGACCUCGUAGAUAUGCAGUAUAAGGAAUAUCAAGAGCGCCAGCAGAACGCGUUAAAAUACGUGACAGAGGAGUGGUCCCAAAUUGAAUACGAGCUACUGAGAGAGCGGGGCCUGUGGGGCCCUCCCAUCGGCUCCCAUCUUGACAAGUGGAUGUUGGAGAUGACCGAGGGUCCCUGCAGAAUGAGGAAGAAGAUGGUGCGGAACGACAUGUUUUACACCCAGUAUCCCUACAUGCCCGAGGCUGAGCAAGAGACGAAUUUGCUGUCUGACUUCCCAAGUAAACUUCCUGAGACACCUGAUGAUACCAUUCCUCAAAAGAAACCCGCUCGCUACCGAAGGGCCAUAAGCUACGACAGCAAGGAGUACUACAUGCGCCUGGCCUCGGGAAACCCUGCCGUCUUCCAGGACGCCAUAGAGGAGAACACAGUGGGUGAAACUGCUCAGCAGGAGCCUGAGCACGGCGAGGACACUAUUGCCAGAGUCAAAGGCCUAGUMAAACCUCCUCUAAAAAGAUCCCGCUCUACUCCUGAUGGAGGAGAUGAGGAGAACCAGGAGCAGCUGCAGGAUCAAAUUGUUGAGGGGAGCUCAAUUGAUGAGGAAGAGAAAACGGACAAUACCACUUUGCUUCGACUCCUUGAGGAAGGAGAGAAGAUUCAGCAUAUGUACCGCUGUGCUCGAGUCCAGGGCCUUGACACCAGCGAAGGGCUGCUGCUCUUUGGGAAAGAGCACUUCUACGUGAUUGAUGGAUUUACAAUGACAGCCACCAGGGAAAUACGGGAUAUCGAGACGUUGCCUCCAAAGAUGCACGAGCCAAUCAUACCCAGGGGAGCAAGGCAAGGUCCGAGUCAACUCAAAAGAACAUGUAGCAUUUUUGCUUAUGAGGAUAUCAAGGAAGUACACAAAAGGAGAUACCUGUUGCAGCCGAUUGCAAUUGAAGUAUUCUCAGGAGACGGACGGAACUAUCUUCUAGCUUUCCAAAAGGGGGUUAGAAAUAAAGUUUAUCAAAGGUUUUUGGCUGUAGUACCAUCUUUAACUGACAGUUCAGAGUCAGUGUCUGGACAGAGACCAAACACGAGUGUAGAACAAGGGUCUGGCUUGCUUAGCACUUUAGUUGGAGAAAAAUCUGUUACUCAGAGAUGGGAAAGAGGAGAAAUCAGUAAUUUCCAGUACCUGAUGCACUUGAACACCCUGGCGGGCAGAUCCUAUAAUGAUCUCAUGCAGUAUCCUGUCUUUCCUUGGAUCCUUGCAGAUUAUGAUUCGGAGGAAUUGGAUCUUACGAAUCCCAAGACAUUCAGAAACCUGGCCAAGCCCAUGGGUGCUCAAACAGAAGACAGGCUAGCCCAGUACAAGAAACGAUACAAAGACUGGGAAGAUCCCAAUGGGGAAACUCCAGCUUACCAUUAUGGGACCCACUAUUCAUCUGCCAUGAUAGUGGCUUCCUACCUUGUCCGGAUGGAACCUUUUACUCAAAUAUUCUUACGCCUGCAGGGCGGGCACUUCGACCUGGCCGACCGAAUGUUCCACAGCGUGCGGGAGGCUUGGUACUCGGCCUCCAAGCACAACAUGGCAGACGUCAAGGAGCUCAUCCCGGAAUUCUUCUACCUCCCCGAGUUCCUGCUCAACUCCAACAACUUUGACCUAGGCUGCAAACAAAAUGGCACCAAGCUUGGGGAUGUCAUACUCCCCCCAUGGGCCAAGGGAGAUCCUCGUGAAUUCAUCAGAGUUCAUCGGGAGGCUCUGGAAUGUGACUUUGUGAGUGCACAUCUGCAUGAGUGGAUCGACCUGAUCUUUGGCUAUAAGCAGCAAGGCCCCGCUGCGGUCGAAGCCGUGAACGUCUUUCACCACCUCUUCUACGAGGGGCAAGUGGACAUAUAUAACAUCAAUGAUCCGUUAAAGGAGACAGCUACCAUAGGAUUCAUUAAUAACUUUGGGCAGAUMCCAAAGCAGCUCUUUAAAAAGCCGCACCCGCCCAAACGGGUUAGAAGCCGAAUGAAUGGAGAGGCUGUGGGAACCUCUGUGCCCCCUGGUUCUGCGAGUGACAAGAUUUUUUUCCAUCAUUUAGACAACCUGCGGCCAUCCCUUGCACCAGUGAAAGAGCUCAAGGAGCCCGUGGGACAGAUCGUGUGCACCGACAAGGGCAUUCUGGCCGUGGAGCAAAACAAGGUUCUCAUCCCACCCACGUGGAAUAAAACGUUCGCUUGGGGCUAUGCAGAUCUCAGCUGUAGACUGGGGACCUACGAGUCGGACAAGGCGGUGAUCGUGUACGAAGGUUUGUCGGAAUGGGGGCAGAUCCUGUGCGCCAUCUGCCCGAACCCCAAGCUGGUUAUCACGGGAGGAACGAGCACGGUGGUGUGCGUGUGGGAAAUGGGCAGCUCCAAAGAAAAGGCCAAAGCCCUGACACUGAAACAGGCRCUUCUUGGCCAUACUGACACUGUCACGUGUUUAACAGCAUCGCUAGCUUAUCACAUAAUUGUGAGUGGGUCCCGGGAUCGCACCUGCAUCAUCUGGGAUUUGAAUAAACUUUCCUUCCUGACGCAGCUUCGAGGUCACAGGGCUCCCGUUUCAGCUCUCUGUAUAAAUGAAUUAACGGGGGACAUCGUGUCGUGUGCUGGCACUUACAUCCACGUGUGGAGCAUUAACGGCAACCCGACGGCGAGCGUGAACACGUUCACCGGCCGAAGCCAGCAAAUCAUGUGCUGCUUUGUGUCGGAGAUGAACGAGUGGGAUACCCAGAAUGUCAUCGUGACGGGACAUUCGGAUGGAGUUGUCCGGUUCUGGCGGAUGGAGUUUUUGCAGGUACCAGAAACACCAGCUCCAGAGCCUGUGGAAAUGCUGGAAAUGCAAGAGGAUUGUCAGGAAGCCCAGAUAGGGCAGGAAGCCCCGGAGGAGGAGAGCAGCGACUCCGAGGCAGAUGAUCCGUGCGUGAGCCACGAGGCGAAGCCCCAAGAGAGUCAGAGUCAGCCAAGCAGCACCAGCCACCGGCCGAGGUCGUCGUCGAGCAGAGCGGCAGCGACGUGGUCGGCAGACAGCGGCUCCGAUGACUCCAGGCGCUGGUCGGACCAGCUCAGCCUGGAUGAGAAAGAUGGCUUCAUCUUUGUGAAUUACUCGGAGGGACAAGGGAAGGUGCAUCCCCACGCUCAGGUUAACCACUCACACGCCAGCUGUGCUGAAGCCCGGCACUACAGCAAGCUCAAACCAGGAUACAGGUGGGAGCGUCAGUUAGUGUUCCGGAGCAAGCUAACUAUGCACACAGCAUUUGACCGCAAGGACAACGCACAUCCAGCAGAAAUCACGGCGCUGGGCAUCUCUAAGGAUCACAGCAGAAUCCUGRUUGGGGACGGCCGGGGCCGCGUGUUCAGCUGGUCCGUGAGCGACCAGCCUGGCCGCUCGGCGGCCGACCACUGGGUGAAGGACGAGGGCGGCGACAGCUGCUCGGGCUGCACGGUGAGGUUCUCCCUCACCGAGAGGCGGCACCACUGCAGGAACUGCGGGCAGCUCUUCUGCCAGAAGUGCAGUCGGUUUCAGUCGGAAAUCAAGCGCCUGAAGAUUUCCUCGCCGGUCAGGGUCUGCCAGAACUGCUACUACAACCUGCAGCACGAGCGGGGUGCCGAGGAAGGGCCCAGGAAUUGAGGGGGCAGCGGCCACCGCGGAGCGGAGCCCCAGGGGACCCUGUCCAGCCCCGCCGUUGCUCCGGGCACCGGCAUCGUGCAGGGAGCAGAAGGGAUUCCAAUAUUGCCUGUUUACACUUAAGCUUCUCCUGCGUUUCAAGCACUGCAAGGCAAAGGGAACAUUGAACUAGGUUUGUGUUGGUUGAAGGUGUGUGAGGCCAACAGCAUUAUUUAAAUGAAGAGCAAGGCCCAGGAARACAGGAGUGAUGACUCCAAAAUGGUGAAACUGUCAACCUCUAGAGCUCUCUGUUGCCGUGGCUAUGGAGAGAAUCCUCACUUAUCCUAACUACCGGUUCUUGUCUUGGUUUUGUAGAGUUAGUCAUCUUUCUUGGGGGGCGGGGGGCAAGGGGAAGGCUUUUUAGAAGAUAGUUGUAAAUCUGCCUUCUUCGCAAGCAACUUGUGUAUAUUGUAAAUAGGUAUAAUGGCCUUUUUAUCUAAUUAUGAACUUAACUGCCUGUUACAUGGGACUUCAGAUUAACCACUAUACUUUGUGUGUCAUUUUUAUCUCAUCUAUCAGCUGAAAUAUGAAUGUUUAAAAAAACAAACUAACAAAAAGAGAACUCGAAGGCAUUAUGUGUAUUUUUUUGUUAAAAAGCCGUUCUGUGCAUGUUUGUUCUUUCAGUUGCCCACAGUAUCUUAAUUUAAAUAAGACUCUUCGUAGAAUUACCUGGAUUUUUUCCAAAGGAGAACUUUUUUUGAGAAUAGGACUCGGAGUAUUUUAUUCUAACUGUAAGAUAGCCAGGAACUAAACUGUACACUUUUGUUGCAUUUUAUACCAAACUAUUUACCACCUCAGUGUUGUUCAUAUUCAAGGAGGCCUCUUUUAUACAUAUGUCAGAGCUGGAGUUUUGUUCGUUGUGUCGUGUUUGCUAGCAGCUGAUUCAUGCAGCACAAGAACCAGCUUUUACCCUCUUUAGCAAUCGGCCUGCAGAUAGAAUUAAUUUCCCGGGCGUAAAAUUUGCCACUGUUGUCCUGUAGCUUGUUUUCAAAAUAUAUAGAGAGAACAACGUCACUGCUGCUCUGUAA